UGACAUCGUACCAUCGAAAAUACGGCGCGGUACUUUGAGAGAAGACCGAAACCGAGAAGAGAGUGUGCAGUGGCUAGGGAACGCCGGCUGGGGAUAUCCCUAGGGAUUUUUCGCCUCCCACAUGGGGACAAAUAGCGCGGGCUGGCAAGCAGUACCUGGUUGCGCGCAUCUUGCGCUCGAUAACGUUGGUUCAGUCAGCGCGGAGCGUGCGCGUGGAGCGCAUUGGGUGGCCUGGAGCUCGCGGACUGUGCGAGUGUUCCUUUGCCGAUGAAGCUGCUGCUUGUUUUCCUUUAACAUAGCGGUUGCUCUACGUGUGGAGCUUCGUCCUCUGAAUAUUGGGCUGUCUGUCGCCGAUGAGCUACAUUGGAAUUACCGCCCCCGGCUUCUUCAUUCGUCGCUCGCUUCGAUUUCAGCGGCCCUCAACAGGCGUACGACCCUUCUGCGGCCGGCAGGAACAACCUGCUGCCUUCGCGGUUAAUUCACCUUCUCGAAUGGCGCCUCUCGAGACAUCGGCACCUCUCGGAAAACGAAGAAGCAACUCGCACAUGCUCGCUGUGGCCAUUCUCUGGUGUGCACUGCCGCUCCUGCAGCCGUCGCACUGCUCCGUGCACCAGAAGCCAUGCGCCUUCAAUCGCCUCUGCUUGUGCAGCCACGAGGUGGUCCGCGACGUGGUGUGCGUCGGGGUGCCGUUCUCCACCUUUCCCACCACCAUCGGCGACUGCGAGAACGGACAGGUGACACUGGUCCGCUCGGGCCUCGAGGAGCUGCAGAACGACUCGCUGGCCGGCACCCGGCUGUCCACGCUGCGGCUGAUGCACAACUCGCUGAGCCGCAUCCUGCCGUGCGCCUUUUGCGGCGCCGAGGACAACCUCGUCUCCCUGGACCUGAGCCACAACGCGCUCGCGCAGGCGCCGCUGCACGCCCUGCGCCAGCUGCGCCACCUGCAGUGGCUCAGCCUGCAGUCCAACCGCAUCGACGACCUGCGCCGCGCCGACUGGGACGAGCUGUCGCGCACGGUCCGCCUCAGGAGCUUGUUCCUCGGGGGAAACAGUCUCAAGGUCGUCCGUGACAGCCUGUUCUCCAACAUGAGCGAGCUGGCGACGCUUGAGCUGGACCGCAACCUGCUGUCCGAAGUCGUGGGCUCGCCAUUUCCGGAGUCUCUCACGCGGCUCAGCCUGGCGCACAACCUGCUCGAGCACCUGCCGCGGAACGCGCUGCGCAAGCUGCACUCUCUCACGGCGCUUUUCCUCGGAGGAAACCUGCUGAAGACCUUGCCGGCCACCUGGUUCUUGCCCACGCGCCACCUGGAUCAGUUGGACCUUAGCCGAAACCUCAUGGAUCGCCUGCCCGAGAAACUGUUCAAUGGUUCGGUGUACCUGCGCGACCUGCACAUGGAGUUCAACUUCAUCACCGAGCUUCCAGUGGGCCUGUUCCGCAGCGUCUCCGUGGAGCGGCUCUCGCUGGCCAACAACAGGAUAGCUAGCAUCGCAGAACACGUCUUCGGUGGGCUCGAGUCUGUGCUCGUCGUGCUGGACUUGAGCUUCAACCUGUUCAGCCGCUUCCCGGACGCAGCCCGAGCGCUCACGUCGCUUUCGGUGCUCUACCUUCGCGGCAAUUCGCUCACUUCGCUUGAACCGGCCGACGUGCAGAGCUUCAGAGCCACGCUUGAAGUCCUAGACCUUUCUGGGAAUCGGUUCGACCGCGUUCCGUCCAGUGCCUUACGGACAACCGAGCGCUUGAGCCGGCUAAGUCUGCAGGACAAUCGCAUACAGACACUCCGUGGCAAAGACUUCGAGUCAUGGGCUCGAAACCUGACAACACUCAGCUUGGCCAAUAACGGCAUCCGAACCUUGUCCAAGGAUACGUUUGUCCACCUGCCACGGCUCAGAGAGCUGAAGCUGUCCUUCAACGGCAUCCACUUUAUAGACCACCACGUUUUCCUGCCGCUCAGGCCCACACUCGAAGUCUUGGAACUCAGCUCCGCGCUGGGGCAGCGCUUCCUGCCGCUCGAGCUCAUUCGCCAUAUGAGGCGCGUCCAGUGGCUCCAGCUGGACCACAACCAGAUGCUUAACCUCACCGACUCGUACCUGCAGGGCUUGCCAUCGUUGGUGCACUUCGACCUAGAAGGCAACAGGAUUGGAUACAUUACUCCAGGCUUCUUCAAAGAGCCUAUUCACCAGAGGCUCAACAGGGUAGUACUCGCUCACAACGCCCUCACAUCAGUAGACACUGGCACGUUCAAGAACUUGUCCAGACUCGCAAACGUCGUGCUUCUGGGAAACAAGAUACGCGUCUUGAGACGCGGCGCCUUCAAAGAUCUUCCAAGGCUUCAUAAUAUCGUUCUGUCGAGAAACGGGAUCGACACCAUAGAGGCGGGUGCGUUCAACAAUGUCUCCAAACUCUCGAGCCUUCUGCUGCAGUACAACAACCUGACGUCGUUCAGCCUGGAUUGCCUCUGCGGAUCCAGAAGCGGUGCCCUCUUCUUGAACCUGUCGCAAAACUCCUUAGUUUCGCUUCAUGCUAACUCAGAUGGCGAAGAUUCGCGGUCCAAUGAGACACGUGACUACGGCGUGCAUACUUUAGAUGUUAGCCACAAUCGGCUAGCCGAAAUUGACGACGUUUUUCUGACCAGCGUAGGCUCUUCCUUGCUCAAUUUGCAUGUGUCCAACAACAAGAUUUCAAGACUUAUUGGCCUUUUCGAGACACUCGACGUUCUGCAGACCUUCCAUGCAGAUCAUAAUGUUAUUUCCAACGUCAGCUUCGGCGCUUUUCAAGAGUCACCGGAUCUACAGGUGAUCCUCUUGAGCGACAACAGAAUUGAAUCCAUCCACGAAUUUGCAUUUGGGAACUUGACGAGGCUGCGUGUUGUCGACCUCAGUCACAACCGGAUCGCCUCCAUCCCAGCGGAUGCUUUCCAGAAUACGGCUCUAGAGCGGCUCAACCUCUCUUUCAACAACCUGACGCACUGCAGCUCUUUCACAGCCAUCAAAGGCACACUUCGUGUCCUUGACCUGUCUGGAAACCGCAUCUCCAGCAUCGGCGCCCAUCAUUUCGAUGGUUUCCGAAGCAUCUUGGCACUCAACCUCUCUCGGAACCAGUUAAUCGUCAUCGACGAAGACUCGUUCAGCGGUCUGGGCCAGCUGAUGCACUUGGACCUGGCGCACAACCCGCUGUUCACUGUGAACAGAGCAUGUCUCCAACCGCUAAAGACUCUGGACACCCUCAAGUUGAGAAACUGCAGCCUGGCGAGACUUCCACCAUUCCACUUGAAAAGGUUGUUGACGCUGGAUGUGGCCGAGAACUUCCUGUUCAACCUGUCUUCCGACGCAUUCCGGCACCUGAGAAGCCUCCGAGAGCUGGAUGUGUCCCGCAAUCUGCUCGAGUCGAUGCCCCGCCACCUGUGGCAGUUUCUGCCCCUGCUCCGCACGCUGGACUUGUCGGGCAACCCAAUCUCCUCGAUGGCGACCGACAGCUUCGCCGGCGCCCAUGGCCUCCAGUCUCUGGACAUCAGGCGUCUGCAGCUCAAGUUCCUAGACCCCAGAUCACUACACGGUCUCAGGUUCCUGAAGAGUCUUCGCACGACCAGCUACGGGUCGGUGCGUUCGUUCCGGCUCCAGGAGCUUGUGUCACAGCUGCAGUCGCUCCGUCGAGUGCUGGUCGAAGUGGAGGAACCGGUGCUCUCGCACCAGCUCCAGUGGGCGUUCGGCGCCAAGCUCAGCGAACUCACAGUCACGGGGCGUCAGCUGCGCGUCGUCUUUCCCGAUGCCCUGCUCGGCCUACACGGCAGCCACGAGUUGGUGCUGAGGCUGACCGGUACCAGCAUCCGGCGCCUUCCCGCUGGCCUCCUUCGCUACCUGGCCGACGUGCGCUACCUGACGCUGGACCUCCGCGACAACUUGCUCUCGUCCAUCGGACCCGAGGUCCUGAGGCCGCCGGGCGACGAAGACCUGGGCUACUGGAGAGGCACGCAGCACUUGGCAGGUGGCAUCCGGCUGGAGGAAAACCCGUGGGUGUGCGACUGCCAGCUCCUGUGGCUGAGCCGCUGGCUGCGGCGCUGGCUGCGGGAGACGCUACGUGUCCAGAUGCUCCACUUCGACGCCGCCAUCUACGUGCACAACCUGGCCCGACAGAGCGAGUGCACGUACCCGGGGGGACAGCUGCGCAAGCCGCUCAUCGACCUCCAGGAAGACGACCUCCAGUGCACGUCGUUCGCCGGCCACGUUACCGCGCCCAACCGUAUCUGGACAGCAACGCUCGCCAUCGUGGCCCUCACGGGCUUGAGCGUCUCGUGACGCGUUGGCCCCGAGUCUGUGCAGUCCGGGGCGGAGGAGUGAAUUUUGUCCAGUAUCGCGUUUGUUGAAUGACUGGACGAACGGCGACGUGUGCUCACGCAAGUACGUGGCUUCUGGGCGCGGUUAAUUCAAUCCGAAAUGCGCGUUUCGUCUCGACGUGUGCUCUUGCGCACGAGUAAGUGUAUGCCUGUGGUGGUGAACGUAGCAAGAGAAGAGACGCGCUUUGUUUGUGGCAGCUAGUAGCGUGAGGAGAAUGGUUUUGCGAAAAGCCGAAACACAAGCGGAAGCACCAGCUCAUGACAAUCGUUGCCAAAUACACAGGAGACGGGUCCGUGGGGUGCAUCAGCCCGUGAUCGUCGGCCAGCCCCUCCGAGAGGACGUUUGUGCCUCGAAUGACAUUUGCUCGCAGUGCGGGCUCUGUUUGCGAGGACACUUUGUCGGCGCUAAUGUCGCACCUGACACGCGCGCGGUUCGCUCGUCUCAGCGCCUAUAACCGAGUUUAGCUUCAUCCGGUAGCAUUAAGAGGAAGCUUACCCUCGUCAGCUCCUGCAUGAGAUUGGAGGAAUCGACCUGCUCAAUAACCACCGAACUGAUCUUGAAUACGUUACGUGAUGCUUGGAAAAGAUGAAAUGCUACUUACUUCUCAGGCUAUGGUAUGUUAGGACUCGGAACAAAUUAAAGUGAGAUCAGAGCAAAAAAGUGUGUCACUCAAAACCAAAUUAAUUCAUAGCAGAGGAGUUCACAUUUACAGCGAAGGUGCCAGCAUGCGCAAAUACAUUGCGCAAGCAAUUUCUGCCUCGCGAUCAGGCCAUCGAGAUGCACGUGCAACUUUCCUGUCCUGGUGUCACUUCGUUUGUUACGCGUCCUAUUACAUCGCAACUAGCGUGUAUCAUCUUGCCCGGCAACAAGUGGAAAAUGAAUCAAGACUGCGGAUUCUGGCCUUUAAUUUUAUACAUGUCGCGCAAGUACGAAACAAACUUAUGCAAGGAAAAAACUAUCAUCCAUCUGAGAGUAACAUGAAGCUAUAAAAGAAAUCCGUACCCGGGAAAUCCACACUGUCCUUGAGCUCAAGAUUGUCCAUUAAUUCGGGUUGACUCUGCGAUAUGCUUUAUCCUUUCGAUCUGCAUCGAUAUUUUAGUGAUAUGCUAUAGCCUCCUGGUCAGCUCGGAUGUUUGAGCGACAGCACCGCCUCGGUUUCUAUUCGUAAAAUAGGGCGACUUUUCCCUUCAGCUUCCGGGCUUUCUUUCUAAGAAACCAUAUGAGUUUCAUUAGUAGCCUCGAGACAAUCACAAUUGGGUGACUUUUUCUUUUCUUUCAUUCGACUAGUUUGUGAAUAGGAAUUUUGAAAAUUUCGCUAAAACAAUGUUAGAAUUCCACACUAGUCAUGCUAAAGCAAUAAUUUUACGUUGCGACACUAGAAGCUGAAGUUCAAAUAAUUUUGAUGCCUGGAUUUAGCGGUAGUGCUACGAGAUUGUAAGCGUGACCACAAAAAUAUCAAGUUCAUGAACAAGUGUACUCUUUCCAAUAUCCAAUAUUUUUUCCUCAUAAUAACAACCAAUUUUGCUUGGAUUGGUUUAGCGGUUACUCUAUAGAAUAGGCGUUUCCACGUUUCACUUGCAAUUAAAUAGCAAAGCCUCUGCUGGGCACGAGUGAAAGCUACCUCUCAACUGCUCUGCCGGACGGAGAAUUGUAUUCUGCAGACGCGGCCGACACAAUGAGAAAAGCGAGGCAUAUAAGAUGCCCAGUAGAUUUUGUGUAGUGCCAAGACGAGCGCAUUGCAUUGCUCCUCGAAUAGUGUUGUGCAAUGAAGGCAGCCUCCUGGACCACUCACUCCCAGGGCUGCUAUGACCGUCCUCUGUUACACACUGUGGAUACCGAUUUCUAGUCAAGACCUUUAUUAUUAUUAUUAUUAUUCAAAGCAAAUCUUGCGCGUAAUCAUCCCACAACUUCUUCCAUUACAAAUCUUAAGUGAUGGCGAAUUAGAUGGCACUGCUCUUAUUGUGGCGCAUAUUUCUCUAAGUAGAAUAUUUUUUAACAAUCUUCUUUCGCGUUUUCUUUCUUUAUACUAAAUUGUAUGUCUUACGAUUAAAUAUAUGCUUUAUUUCUUCUUGAAA